AUGUCGGCUGAGAGAGGUGAAACGCUUCCGCUAAUACUUUCAACUUCAUCUUCUCAGUUUCCCCAACAAGGCCAGGUCGAUUGGUCCAAUCUUAGUAAGAAUACCGUGGAAUUCACAGUCGAUGUGCUUUCUCGCCUCUCCAAAGCGGGAAUAGAAGCUUUAACAGUAUAUGCUACAAAAGUUCUCUUUUCUCAUGCAAAACUCGAUCAACUGGGCGAACAGCGCAUUCUGGACGCUCUCAAAGCUGUGAAGGCCUUCUCAUCGCAUAGCAAUGUCGUAUGGUUUGGUUUCGGCAUCAAGAACAUCUUACGAAGCCUCUCCGAGACACAACAAGGCAUUGCAUGUAUAGGGAUUUGCUCUUGCCUGACUGAAGAGUUUUCGACCGAGAAAUCUGCUCAGAUUUUAGGCGAACUUUUUCAACUUUACAACCCUCCGGCAGAUCUUCGACCCUCUCUGCGACAAUGGCAUGCUAUUGUUAGCUCCUGCGAAGGUGUGGUGACGACGACAAACUUUGGUUUCGUUCUUUCUGGGCUUGCUCGGAUAUGCUUACUCGACGGACAUAACGGCCUUUACACAAGCUCAAAACCGAAGGAUCUCGCUCAUGUACUCAAAGGCCUGUUUGACGUUUCCAACGGCACUCUUGAUAAGAUACAUAUAUCAGGAGGUAGCGACUGUGCUUGGAUUGCAGCAGUGGGCCAUUGGCUUUUUGGUCUGCAAGUUGUCGUAGAGGAUGCAUCUGGGAAUAUUAUCUAUCGGCCUGGAGGUAUCCGAUCCGCAACACGACAUGAUCCUCAAGUUCCCUUGUGUUUAGUACGGCUCAUUUACGUACUCUGUUCACUUAUUCAGCUUUCAUCGCAAAUAAUUUUCCAAAAAGAUCUGGUUGUCUGUCCAACUCUUAAUGGGAUGAAUAGAUUAUACAUGAUGACCCGACCAACCAUGCCUAAUUUGCAUACUAUGGGGUUGUUAUUCAAUGGCAGGGUGGACUUUGACCCCCUGGACUUCGCUCAAAAGCACACUUGCGCGUCUGCGGCGGACGGGGUCUGCAUUUAUUUAAACUCCGUCUGCGAGAUCUCGAGCGACCCACAACGUGCCUGCUUGAUCCACAUUGUACCAGGACGGAUCGAAUGGAAUAACUUUUCCUACCAC